AACCAGUAGAAGAGUCUCUGCUGGAAAAAUAUGGGUUCCCUGAAGCUGGAACAGAGACCAGAUGUUACACAAAUCAUGCACUGUCAUAUGACCAGGCAAAACGGGUGCCUAGAUGGGUGAUUGAACAUAUUUCAAAGCAGAAGAUGCUGGGCAAUGCAGACCGAAGGCACUGUAAAUUCAGACCAGAUCCUAACAUCCCUCUAAUGUUUAGUGCUGUCAAUGAAGACUACCUUGGGAGCGGAUGGUCAAGAGGACACAUGGCACCAGCGGGAGAUAACAAAUUUUCAACAAGAGCUAUGGCCGAAACAUUUUAUCUGUCUAACAUCGUGCCUCAGAAUUAUGAAAAUAAUGCUGGAUUUUGGAACAGAAUGGAGAUGUAUUGUCGGGAAUUGACGGAGAGAUUUGAGGAUGUUUGGGUAGUUUCUGGACCUCUGACCUUACCUCAGAUAAAUGACAAUGGAAAGAAGAGUGUUACUUAUCAGGUAAUCGGAAAGGAUGAUGUAGCUGUGCCAUCCCACCUGUACAAGGUGAUCCUUGCCAGAAGAAGCAGAACUUCUACAGAGCCCUUGGUACUGGGAGCUUUUGUGGUGCCAAACAAUCCCAUAGGCUUCAGUCACCAGCUGCCUGAGUUCCAAGUAAAUAUUGAAGAUCUGGAAAAAAUGUCAGGUUUAGUUUUCUUCCCCCAGGUGGACAAAACCAAAGAUGUUAAAAAUAUCUGUGAGGUGGAUACCUGUAAACUGAUGGGCUUCAAGGAAUUUACAUUGUACAUUACUGCUCGAAAAGUGCAGAGUGCCCGAACAUUGCACCGGUUGGAGAAAGCCAUGUCAGAGUUAAGGGAGGCAGGAAUUGAACCUGAUGAAUAUCUUCUGAAGCUUCACAAGAAGAAGGAGGAAGAACUACUGCAGGAAAAACAAGUAGCAGCUAGAGAGGGGAGAGCUGGCUGAGUACUUGUUUGGGAAGAUGUUUGGGAUUUUGUCCUUUGAAAGGGGAGCUGAAGGCAAACGCAAAGACAAGGACUCUAUGAAUUAUCCUUUUUUUGAGUUGUGAAAACAAUAAAGAAACAUUUGGAAGCUGAUGG